GGGCUGCCUCCCUCUCGUCGGGGCUAUAUAGAGCCCCGAGCGGUGGGAAAAUGCUCACUCUCAGGGGCGCGGAGGUGCUGAGCUGUGGCCCGGCCGCGAGGCAGAAGGGGGCAGGUAGGCGCAGGGCGGGAGGCGCGCGGCUCGGGAGCCCCUCCGCCGGGAAGGUGGCAGCGGAGCGCGCCUUUGCUCCCCUCACCCGAGCCGGGGGUGCGGGUGAGAGAGGCGGCAGCCGAGCCCGCUCCCAGCGCGCCCGACGGGGUCGUCUGAGCACAAACUUAUGCUCAGGGGCUCGUCCAACUUGCUGGGUCUCAGUUCGCCCUGCAGGUCAGUCCGAGGGGGCGGUUAGGUAGCGGGGCUCUUUGGGCUCAGCCCUUCUUCCAGCUCGCCUGCCUGCCUGCCUGCCUGCCUGCACUCGCUCGCUCUCUGCCCUGCCGGCCGAGGGCUUCUGGGCACUGAGGAGGAGCAGGAAGCGGCCAGGUUGGCUGGGAGGCUGCGGCGGAGUCCCAGCCAGGUGCCCGCAGGCGGGGGGAGAGGCUUGGCCGCUGGCGGCUUCGGUGCCGGUCGCCUUCCCUUCCCUGCCCUUCCGAGCGGGGCGCUCCCUUCGCCUCCGGACUGCGCCCGGGCGCCGCUCUCCACACGGCCAGUCCGGCGGGGCAGUAGCAGCCGCCCGCUCAGCCUCCCCGUCGCCACGGGAGCCGCAGCCAUGAACAUCAUCUUGGAGUUCUUCGUGGUUACGUUCAAGGUGCUCUGGGCGUUUGUGGUGGCGGCGGCCAAGUGGUUCAUGCGCCCCAAGGAGAAGAGCGUGGCGGGCCAGGUGUGCCUGAUCACCGGCGCCGGCAGCGGGCUGGGCCGCCUCUUCGCCCUGGAGUUCGCCCGCCGUCGGGCGCGCUUGGUGCUGUGGGACAUCAACACGCAGAGCAACGAGGCGCAGGCGGGCAUGGUGCGCCACAUCUACCGGGAGGUCGCCGAAGAAGCCGCCGCCGCCGCCCAGAAAGCUGGGCAUGGAGAAGAGGAAGUGCUACCUCACUACAACCUGCAGGUGCAUACAUACACUUGCGAUGUGAGCAAAAGGGAGAAUGUCUACACGACUGCUGAGAGAGUCCGCAAAGAAGUUGGUGAAGUCUCAGUCCUAGUUAAUAAUGCUGGCGUGGUCUCUGGACAUCAUCUCCUGGAAUGUCCUGAUGAGCUGAUCGAGAGGACCAUGAUGGUUAACUGCCAUGCGCACUUUUGGACCGCUAAAGCGUUCCUUCCGAAAAUGCUGGAGUUGAAUCACGGGCAUAUUGUGACGGUUGCCAGCUCCCUUGGCCUGUUCAGUACUGCAGGAGUGGAGGAUUAUUGUGCCAGUAAAUUUGGAGCCGUGGGUUUUCAUGAAUCUCUAAGCCAUGAACUGAAGGCAGCUGAAAAGGAUGGUAUUAAAACAACCCUGGUGUGCCCUUACCUUGUAGACACUGGAAUGUUCAGAGGCUGCAGAAUCAGAAAAGAAAUUGAGCCAUUUCUUCCACCUUUGAAACCAGACUACUGUGUAAAGCAAGCUAUGAGAGCUAUACUUACUGACCAGCCUAUGAUUUGUACACCUCGCUUGAUGUACAUGGUCACUUUCAUGAAAAGCAUCCUGCCUUUUGAAGCCGUUGUGUGUAUGUACCGAUUCUUGGGAGCAGACAAGUGUAUGUAUCCUUUCAUUGCUCAACGCAAACAGGCCACAAAUAACAAUGAAGCGAAAAAUGGAAUUUAACCUUUUACGACGGACUAGCAUUUGUAGCAGAAUUAUGAUCAAAACCUACAACUGAAUUGUGAAGUGCACUUGCAUUUAGCUGAUGCAAUCAUUAAAACCUUUUACUGUGGCAUUCUCUUGGAUCUUUUACCUGUAUAGUGGGCAGAAAUAUAAUUGUUUUUACAUACUGUAUAUAAAGUAACUCAAGUUCUUGGAAACGUGACAGAAAAAGUGAAUUUUAAAAUAUAGUGGUUACCUUUGGUCCUUUCAGAAUUUUUGCUAAAUGUACAGUAACUUUAGCCACAAUACUGUUUUGUAGAAAUAAGCCUAUGUAUGAAUUCCUCCUGAGAUGACCAUUCAAAUAUAAUUAUUUCACAAACUGUUUUAACUUUUCUGUGGUAUUAAAUUAUGCAGUAAUUUCUAAUGUAAUUUAGCAGUGCAGUGUUCCAAAGGAGAUCACCCAGCCUAUGAGCUAAACUGUAAGGUAAAUUCUCCUAUGUAGCAUCCGCAUGUAUUGAUCCUAAAUCUCUCCAAUUCAGAAGUAACACUGAUAUUUCAUAAACCUUUCAGAACAAAACUGUGUAAUUAAUCUCUUCCCAUUGUGUGUGUGUAAAAUGCCGUCAAGUCGCAGCCAACUUGUGGCA